AUUUAGUUUGUUUUUUCCCACCAACCAAUGCGGUUGUCGCAAUGAAUACAAGAAGUAAAAGCGCUUUAAAAUCCGCUUUGAAGGCCAGUCACGAUUUCGAUAAUAUAAUGUAUUCAAAAAUGCUGGAGCUUGAAAAUAAGCUAAGAGAGACGGAAUUGGAAUUGGCAAUUGCCACCGAAAAAUUGGCUAUAUACGACGACAAAAUUAAGGACAAGAACGAGAUAAUUGAGGCCUUCAAACAGUCUAACAACGUAACCAACCGAAUCGUUAAAAAACUAGAGGAGGAAGUGUCCACCUUAAGGCAAGAAAAGAUAGAUAGAAGCCAGGAACUUGAGACAAACACGAAUAAUUCAUCAGAUACCAAGCUUAAAUCCACCAUUGUUUUUCUUAAAGAAGGUCUAAAAGAAAAGCAAUUAGUUAUAGCUCACCUCGAAGCUCAGAUUAAAGAGAACGCUAAAAAGGAUAAAGAGAACUCAAAAAUUAUUAAGUCUCAAAUAGCUUCCCUCCAAAAUCAAAUGAAGCAAAGCACUGAAUCACUGGAAAAAAAUAAAGUUCUUAUAUCUUCACUCAAGGCUCAAAUAAAUGAAAAAGAUCAAUUAAAUUGUAAAAACAUAAAACUUAUAACAAGUCUUAAGGCUGAGAUCAAGGAAAUAGAUGACCAAAGAACCUUUUUGAUGCUGGAUCUAGGCUUGGAAAAAUGUAAAACGAAGGAAAAGGAUGAUCAAUUAAACAAUCAAGCUGCUACAAUAAUGAAUCUAAAAACUUAUCAGAAAAAACUGGAGGAAACACAAAGACGUAUACCCUCAGAAAGUGAAAGCGAGCCACAAAUAUCCAAAACUUUUUAAACAAAUAAGUUUAAUGAAACGUAUUACUUGUUCCAUAUUUCCCUAUAUUACGCUGUCAAUGUAAAUAAAUUAAUUUUUAUAUCGCA